UGUACUCCGUGAAUCCUUCCUGGAGACCCAUCAAAAUACCGUCAAGCAUCUUCCUCUGUCCAUCAAGGUGCUUGAUUGCGGCCGAAGGAUCCAAUAUAUAGUGCUUGUUGUUACCCAAGACUGCACAAGACACGCCCAGCCCAACCAAGCUUCUCAGAAGGGUUUGCUUCUCCACUGGACCAUUACCAAACAUCUGGGUCACUCGGGUCCACACCAACCAGAGAUCGACAAUAUCGAAGUACAUUUGUCUAAAUUUGUAUCGAGCGAAUAUUCCGUACUAUCACUACUCUUCACUCAGUUGCCAGCGUUCUAUACACCAACAUGGCUUCUACAGCCCUCCAUGUUGCACGCCUUGUGCUCCGUCAAGAUGAAGGCGCAGAAUCACAACCUGAGGAGGUCAUCACCUGCGGCGGCGACAACGAGUACGAUGGCCGCAUGGGCACCCGUAUCUCAUCCAUCUUCGUCAUCCUGGUAGCAUCCAGCUUCGGUGCCAUGUUCCCCGUUCUAGCAAGACGUUCCCGUAGCAAACUGGUCCCUAACUGGGUCUUCUUCGCCGCCAAGUACUUCGGUUCAGGUGUCAUCAUCACAACGGCAUUCAUCCAUCUCCUAGCUCCAGCAAACGAAGCUCUGGGUAACGAAUGUCUGACUGGUGUCAUCGCCAAGUACCCCUGGCCCGAGGGCAUCGCCCUAAUGACACUCUUCCUCAUGUUCUUCCUCGAGCUCAUGACGAUGCGUUACGCCAAGUUCGGCAGCGACCACGAGCACAGUCACGAAACCACUGGCAUUCCGCCAGCCGCCCACGCCGACGACUUCUCCGGCAAAGCCCACGACCUCGAAGGUAGCACCGGGGGCAGCAGCGGCAACCACAACAUCCGCGGCGAUGACCACCUCGGCCACCAACGCGACCAUGAAGCCGAGCUAAAAUCCGACAUGGCCCCCCGCCCCCUCGUCCCAGACGGCUACGCCUCGCAACUAACCGCCGUCUUCAUCCUCGAGUUCGGCGUAAUCUUCCACUCCAUCUUCAUCGGCCUGACCCUUGCCGUGUCCGGCGAAGAAUUCAUCACCCUCUACAUCGUCCUCGUCUUCCACCAAAUGUUCGAAGGCCUCGGUCUCGGUACCCGUCUCGCGGAAGUCCCCUGGCCCGCGUCCAAGCGCUGGACUCCGUAUUUGCUUGGUCUCGGCUACGGUAUCUCCACGCCUAUUGCUAUUGCUAUUGGUCUGGGCGUUCGCCAGUCUUUUGCGCCAGAAAGUAGGACUACGCUGCUUACAAAUGGUGUUUUUGAUUCCAUCUCCGCUGGUAUUCUUAUCUACACAGGUCUUGUGGAGCUUAUGGCGCAUGAGUUCAUGUUUAGCCCAUACAUGCAGAAGGGGCCUGUUAGCAGGACGCUUAAGGCGUUUGGCCUCAUGGUUCUUGGUGCUGGUUUGAUGGCUCUGCUCGGUUACUGGGCCUAGGUCGUCGCCACUUCUCGUUUUUCACACCGUUAUGAAGCACUUGCUAUUUUUGACUGCUUUCUUUUUGUUCGGAUACCCGUAGAUCAAGGCUGGCCUCGCGCUAUAGUAUUUCUAUUCCGAUGGGGGGGAUGCAUCACGGAUGAUGAGUUUUACUAGAUAUUCUCAUACAUAGACGGGUUCUUAUCAUGCCCAAAUAGAAGCACGCAUUCUUCUC